UCUUAUCUUCCACUUCUCACUCUCUGUCUCUGCUUCACAGGACCCAAAGCCAAAAACUGCUUCAAGAACAGAGUAGUCUCUCCUGCCAUUGGAAUCUUCUCUCAUGGCUUUCUCCGCCGUCUUCUCGCACAACACUUUCUCUUGCGUCUCUCCUCCACACCCUCAACCCAUUCCCAGAAACCACCCUCUUCUUCAUUCGCCAUCCAUUAGGGCGUUGGCGGUGAAGACGAAAGCUUCUGCUGCUGCGUCCGAACAGGAUAAGGAGAAGCCCGCGCAGGCGAAGACCGAAGACUCCUCGAAUGCUAACGCUCAGCCUUCGACCGUGGCUCCAAAACGGCCCAAGAAGCCAGUUUACUCCAUGAAGAAGGGCCAGAUCGUGAGGGUGGAUAAGGAGAAGUACCUCAACAGUAUCAAUUAUCUAUCAGUCGGGCAUCCGCCUUAUUAUAAAGGUUUGGACUAUAUAUAUGAGGAUCGUGGCGAGGUCUUGGAUAUACGGAUCUUUGAGACUGGAGAAUAUGCACUUAUUGCAUGGGUAGGUAUUCCUACUGCACCAGCGUGGCUUCCAACUGACAUGUUAAUCAAGUCGGAAAAACUCGACUAUGAGAGAUUGUGACAUUCCAGGUGCAUGAUUGCAGAUCUAUAUACUUGUAAACAUAGAUCAUGUCAUAAUUGAAGCUAUGCCAUAGUGGGACAACUAUGUUAAAUCUUCCUCUUCCCGAUAGUUUGUGUACUGUAACCAUGUCAAGAUCCGUUUUGACAAUAUUCUAAUUCCAAUUCAAAUUCAACUCCUCUGA